UUCAUCUUCGCACUCCGACCGCAUCGCGGCAUUUCGGCGAUCCUAUCAAAAGGCACAGUGUUAUACAAACUGAUGUAAGCUAUGCUGAGAGACUAGCUCGUCUAGCCGAUUCCUUAAAUGUCUUGCAUCCGCUGGCGACCCAGGUAAGUGACGCGUGACUAUCUAUCAGCUCUCCCAGAUCACAACCGCUUCCUCGACCUGAUCUGUCAAAAGGCAAGCACAAAAGUGCAUCCGGGAGACUCCUCGAGGGGAGCCUGUUUUCUCUCUUUUGCUUCUUCACUUGAGCCCUCGCUCUUGUACUUCACCUUCAGUGAAUAUCACUUCCAUUCCCGUUCACAGUCAUUCAAUCAUCCAUACCUUGUUAUACCUUCUUGCUCCCUAUCUUCUCUACCCACUUCUUCUUGCACCACUCCAUCUACACACUACUCACCUACAACAUUCUAUCAUGGCUACCUCUAACAUUAUUGAGACCACAUGCGUCGUUGUCUACAAGGAAGAACUAUGGCCUGUCUUCGUAUUCCCCGACCACUCUGUGCCCAAUGGACUGAUCGGCAAGAAACCCGACAAAACAGCCCUUCCAGUCUUCUUCCUCGUGCGCAACGUCUUCCUUUGGGUACAACCAUCCGAGCUGCUCGAGUGGGAGCCCACUGCUGAUUACGCCCCAUCUGUCCCCAAUGGUACCGAUCUUGAAGCGCAACGCCAAAAGGCACACAGAGAGGCACUAGACUGUCACGACAUGAACUACUACCACAUGCUUGCCUCGAGACUGCAGAAGGAAAGCGAGAAAGUGAAGCAGGGGGACGCCAUCAUCUUGACCGACAGCGACGACAGUGACGAUAUUGACGACAGCGAUGCCGGACUCCCCGCUACUGCCGUUUCCAGAAAGCGCGGUCACUCUAUAGCCUUUAAACGCCCUGGUUUACCAUCUCCCAGCCCGACUCCCAAGCACAAAAAGGCGCCAAAGAAGCCGGCUCCCUCGACACCAUUCAGAGAAGACGACAGCGAUGAUGACAUUCCAAGCUCUGCCUUAUACACAUCCACGCCCAGCAAGAAGCCAACCGCCAAACCAGGCACCUCGAAAUGGAAGCCAAGCGGCAAGUUGCCAAAGAUAGCGGCGGAUGACUAUGUUACCAGAAAGCAACUCGAGCUACUCAUGACGAAGAAGGGCGAUGGCAAGACAUCACCUGAAAAGACCAAGGUUCUAGAGCCCGUCAAAGAGCAGGUACUCCAGCCCUGAUCUUGAUUAUCACAUGCUAAUACGACAUACAGUCCUCUCAAGGUUAAUGUCUACGUCGGUAACGAGGAAAAGCUCUUUAUCCUCGACCGCACCCUCAUCCAGAAGCACCCUUCGUUCCUGAAGCAAAUCACCGGCGACAACAAGAAUGGCUUCGAAAUCCGCAACAAAACCUUCGAGAAGUUCAAGCCAGACCUGUUCGAAUCUCUGAUCACAUGGCUCAAGACUGGCGACUACAAGCCUCGCUUGAUCGACGACAAGCACCCUCACCUCGAA